AUGAGUUUUGAAAACAUCCCAGAACAUGAAAGUUUUGACAUCGACAGCCCCUGGGACGCAGACACUAUUCUGGGCCAAACUCAAUCAGAGGGAGACAGAACUGGAAACAUGCAACGGAGCCCUGUGCACAACCCACAAGAAGACUUCAACUACCGUUUUGAAGGUCACAAGGCUGCAGAACGGCGUUGGGUGGCUACAUGA